AUGCAGAUCUUUGUCAAGACUCUCACAGGGAAAACCAUUACUCUGGAUGUUGAGCCAUCAGAUACCAUCGAAAAUGUGAAGGCAAAGAUCCAGGAUAAGGAAGGCAUUCCUCCUGAUCAGCAGCGUCUCAUUUUUGCCGGCAAGCAGCUGGAGGAUGGCAGGACACUUUCUGAUUACAACAUUCAGAAGGAGUCAACCCUUCAUUUGGUUCUGCGUUUGAGGGGUGGCAUGCAGAUAUUCGUGAAGACUUUGACUGGCAAGACAAUCACAUUGGACGUUGAGCCAUCAGAUACCAUCGAAAAUGUGAAGGCAAAGAUCCAGGAUAAGGAAGGCAUUCCUCCUGAUCAGCAGCGUCUCAUUUUUGCCGGCAA